UAAAUUCUUGACGAUAGUAAGGUUCCAGCUCAGUCGCAGUUGAGAUGGACUCGUCUAUGUACCUGUAUGAUGUUCCCCCAGUUUUGAUGGAGAAGUUUUGUAAGAUAAUCGACAGCGGUGAUGACAGCCUCGGAUGGCGCGGGCUCGCGGCGCGUAUCGUGCCAAGUUGGACGGAGGUGCGACGCACGGAGAGGCUGGAGGCAAUAGGCAAGAGCCCCACGCGAGAACUCAUCUGGUCGUGGGCGCAACAGAACAAAACUGUUGGGGACCUUGUGAAGGUGUUGGAGGAUAUGGGUCACUACAGAGCUCUACAGUUCUUUAUUCCUCAAGAAACACAGCAUUCCUUCCCCAACAGUGGACCAUCAAAGAGCAGCAGGGAUAAUCCCUCCCCUCCUCAGUUACCCGCGCCACCCCCACCUGCCAGCGAGUCGACCCAACCUGGUUGGAACCAGUCUAAUUAUCAUGUGUCAAGUGAAGGUAGAAACCACAGGCUUGUGAUCACCUACUCAGACGUCAUAGAGGGAACUAGACAUUUUCACCAGGACAUGAAGAUCUCUGAGGGCAGCUUCUCUGCUGUCUACAGAGCGGUAAAGGGAAAUGAAACCUUCGCUGUCAAGCUCUUCAAGCAGGUGCAGAAAGCCUCAUGGAGGAAGUUGUGGGAUCUAUUCAGGAGAGAGAUGGAAGUUCAUCAUCUCUACCAGCAUCCUAACAUCUUAGAGCUGUUGGGUUGUUACUCUGAUGGGGAUCGUUACUGGCUGGUAUACCCUUACCUUCCCAAUGGAUCUCUGUUCCACAGACUGCAUGACCAGAACGUAGUGCCUCCUCUCUCAUGGCAGGAGCGUCUGGACAUCAUCAAGGGGACGGCUAAGGCUGUACAUCACCUACACAUGGCUCAGCCCUGCACUGUGGUCUGUGGGAACAUCACAAGUUCUAACAUCCUGCUGGACGAGCGGCUGCACCCCAAGCUGUCUGAUUUUGGGACGGCCCGUCUCAGACCCCACUCCGUCAGUCAGAGCUGCACCGUUACCUUGGAUACGACCUUCGGAACCCUGGGCUACCUGCCGGAGGAAUACAUACGAGACGGAAAGCUGUCCGUCAGUCUGGACGUGUUCAGCUUGGGAGUGGUUAUAAUGGAAAUGAUAACGGGACGGAAAGCUAGAGAGGAGACUCCUAAACACACCCUGCUGAGAAACGUCCUACGUGGAGAGUUGGAGGACACUGGCAGUGUAGACUCCUGUCUUCAGUAUCUGGACCCGAGAGCUGGUCUUUGUCCCCACUCUAUGUCCUUUACCUUGUUGCGUCUAGCCCUGGACUGCACCUCUACACGACCACGCAACAGACCCACCAUGGAGAAUGUGUUACAGGUAUUGAGCCAGCUGCUUCCCCUGCCGUGCCCACCUGAAGACCAGCCCCACACGCUGACCGACGAGGCCCCAGCUCCCCCUGCCUCUCCUGCCCAGACGGGACAGGGCCCCAGCUCCAACCCCAGCCCCAGUGUGCCUGUGGAGGAUGAUGAGCUGCACAGUUACCCCGUUGAGAACCCACAGCCAGCUCCAGCUCAGGGAGGGCCCUGUGAGUGUAGCCAGUCAGAGGUCACUUAUCUGGGCAGUGGGGAGCGGAGCAGCCACCUGUCACAGGAGGGGGCUGGGGAAAGAGCAGGGCUAGGGGCUGAUGAGGCUGACCAGAGCCUACAGACCAAUGGAGAGCCAGUGGAUCUUUACGGUAGCUGGCCAGUCCAAUGUAGCUGUUCAGCUGAGGUGAAUGGACUGGGCUGUGAGGACUGUAGAGCCAAUGGGUUUACUCCCUGCCCCUCAGACCUCCCUCAAGGUGACCUCAGCUUCUCUUCCCUCAGUAUAGUGGACAACCCUGCCAAGCAGAGAAUGAUGAAUAAGAUUGAUCUGUACAACAGAGGCCUCCUCAGAACAGAGGAACUCCUCUCUGUCUCCAUGACCACCCAGGAGUGACAAAGCUACAGAGGAACUCCUCUCUGUCUCCAUGACCACCCAGGAGUGACAAAGCUACAGAGGAACAACUCUCUGUCUCCAUGACCACCCAGGAGUGACAAAGCUACAGAGGAACAACUCUCUGUCUCCAUGACCACCCAGGACUGACAAAGCUACAGAGGAACAACUCUCUGUCUCCAUGACCACCCAGGACUGACAAAGCUACAGAGGAACAACUCUCUGUCUCCAUGACCACCCAGGACUGACAAAGCUACAGAGGAACAACUCUCUGUCUCCAUGACCACCCAGGACUGACAAAGCUACAGAGGAACAACUCUCUGUCUCCAUGACCACCCAGGAGUGACAAAGCUACAGAGGAACAACUCUCUGUCUCCAUGACCACCCAGGACUGACAAAGCUACAGAGGAACAACUCUCUGUCUCCAUGACCACCCAGGAGUGACAAAGCUACAGAGGAACAACUCUCUGUCUCCAUGACCACCCAGGACUGACAAAGCUACAGAGGAACAACUCUCUGUCUCCAUGACCACCCAUGAGUGACAAAGCUGAUCUAGGAUCUGCUUGCCCUCCCCGAAUCCUAAUCUUAACCAUUAGAGGUUAAAAACACAAAACAGACCCCAGACCAGCAUCUAGGGCAACUUCACUACUCUAAAUGACACAUGCAUACAGUACAUAGCCUGCUGAGAGAGAGGGUUAACUUAUCCAUAUAUCUGACUUAGUCAUUGCUGGGCCUGGUUAAAUGACCUGGUCCUGGUUAAAUUACCUGGCUCUGGUUAAAUGAUCUGGUCCUGGUUAAAUGACCUGGUCCUGGUUAAAUGACCUGGUCCUGGUUAAAUGACCUGGUCCUGGUUAAAUGACCUGGCCCUGGUUAAAUGACCUGGUCCUGGUUAAAUGACCUGGUCCUGGUUAAAUUAUCUGGCUUUGGUUAAAUGACCUGGUCCUGGUUAAAUGACCUGGUCCUGGUUAAAUGACCUGGCUCUGGUUAAAUGACCUGGUCCUGGUUAAAUGACCUGGCCCUGGUUAAAUGAUCUGGCACUGGUUAAAUGACCUGGCCCUGGUUAAAUGACCUGGUCCUGGUUAAAUGACCUGGCCCUGGUUAAAUGACCUGGUCCUGGCUCUGGUUAAAUAACCUGGCUCUGGUUAAAUGACCUGGCCCUGGUUAAAUGACCUGGUCCUGGCUCUGGUUAAAUAACCUGGCUCUGGUUAAAUGACCUGGCCCUGGUUAAAUGAUCUGGUCCUGGAUAAAUGACCUGGUCCUGGUUAAAUGACCUGGCUCUGGUUAAAUGACCUGGUCCUGGUUAAAUGGCCUGGCUCUGGUUAAAUAACCUGGCUCUGGUUAAAUGACCUGGCCCUGGUUAAAUGAUCUGGUCCUGGUUAAAUGACCUGGUCCUGGUUAAAUGACCAGGCUCUGGUUAAAUGAUCUGGCCCUGGUUAAAUGACCUGGCCCUGGCCACUCAGCCACAGGAUACUGUAGAUGGUUUCAAAUCUCCCUUUCUCUAAAUGACUGUAUGGAUCUGGGCUGGUUUCCCAAAAAGCAUCGUAGCACUAUGAUCACCUUUCGUCCAUUUAGUUUCAAUGGAAUUAAAGUCAGUGCUACGAUGCUUUUAGGAAAUCCAGCCCUGGUAUGUGACGAGACGUGAUGUUCAUAUGGUUCACAUGUCCUUCGUUGUCAGUAAAUUAUGCUAAAAAAUAUAUUCUUGUAGAAAGGUAUUUAUUAUCUGCUGACAGAUUCCAUUUUAUAUUUCUUAUUUAUAAAAUUAGGAUAUGAUUUAUACAGUAGUCUUUAUAAAACAUUUUAUAAAGAUCAUUUAAAAUGAUGGGGCGGCAGCGUAACCUAGUGGUUAGAGCAUUGGACUAGUAACCGGAAGGUUGCGAGUUCAAACCCCCGAGCUGACAAGGUACAAAUCUGUCAUUCUGCCCCUAAACAGGCAGUUAACCCACUGUUCCCAGGCCGUCAUUGAAAAUAAGAAUGUGUUCUUAACUGACUUGCCUGGUUAAAUAAAGGUAAAAAAAAAAAAAUGGGUUCAUGCAAAAAUGUUAGCGUGUAGAAACAGUGGGAAACUAAACCAAAGCAUGAAGUGCUGCCAUACCUUGUCCAUAGGCCGCUGACAGGGUAAGGAAACCAAUGUGUCAUUUUGUCAUUUGGGUCAACUAUCCCUUUACUUAUGUUUUGUAAGAUGACAUUUUUUCAUGCCUUUUAUUAAUUAAUAAAAUAAGAUUGACAAUG